CCCGUCAGGCUGGUGUGGAGUUUUGUAACAAAAGGAUUCCUGUGUGCACUGGAAUAUAUCAGCCGAAAAUGAGGAACUGUUGAGCACCGUCAGGUAAUUUUGGAUCCGUACUGUGCGUGGAUGCCUCCGACCCUCGCUGGAUGAUUCCAUCUCUGUGAUGAAAGGCUUAUCCAGCAGCCGCAGCCACCACCACGUGGUGACCUGUGACCCCUCUUUUGACUCCAUGGGUCACCACUUGGACCACAAGCCCUACCUCAUCAGCCAGAUCGACAACCCCCACCCGGUCGACCACUCUUACUACUCCCAGAGAAGCCCCUACCAGCCCGACUGCGUGGUGCCUUAUGGGACCUUCCCCCGCCGACACUACAGCUCUCAGCAUGAGCUGAAGGAUGAGACCGCUGUGGUUCCCUACACCGGGGGAGGGGUUCCAGCCAACAAGGGUCAACAGCGUCUCCCUGUCGCCCUGUUGGAUCAGUUCGACCGGCAACUCCCAGUGCCUCGGGACGGCUAUCACACGCUGCAGUACAAGCGUGCCGGCGCAGCCUUGGAGCAACGGAGCGACAGCCCUGGCCGAAGUCGGCACCUGGUGCACUCCGUUCAGAAGCUCUUCACUAAGUCCCACUCACUAGAGGGCCCACACCAUGGUCACGGCCACGGCAAGGGCAGCAUCAACGGAGGGAAGGCAAGCCCCGACGGAGAACCCCCUGCUAUUCGGCACCGCAAGCGCAGCAAGAGCCGAGAGCGCUGCAAGUCGGCUGAACCCAAGAACAGGACACCACCUUCUGGCUACUGGAGUUCGGAUGAAUUGGAACGUGAGGCCUGCCUGUUUCACCAUGGACCACCAGGCGUCAUGACCAUGGGCCGUCACCCGGAUAAGUCGCAGUCGCAGUACUUCUUGGAAGCCUACAACACCAUCAAUGACCAGGCACUUAAAAACUCCCGCAGCAGCAAUGAUUUGGGCAAGUGCUCGACGUGCACGAGCAUCCCGCUGAGCGUGGACGCGUCACAGCUCGUGAAGAAGAGCUCGUGGUCGUCCUCUCUCACGGUGAGCAGAGCACGUCAAGUCUACCAGAAGGCCUCAGUAAAUGUAGAUAAGGCUCUAGUGAAAGCAGAGGCUUGUCAGCAGGAGCGCUCAUGCCAAUUCUUGCAGGUCCCUCAAGACGAGUGGGGAGGCUUUCCACUGGGGAAAGAUGAGGAUAUCCCGUGCAGACGCAUGCGCAGCGGGAGUUACGUGAAAGCCAUGGCGGAGGAUGACAGCGGAGACUCGGACGGCAGCCCUAAACCCUCGCCCAAGAUGCAGGCACGACGGGCCAGCUACCUCAAAGCCACCCAGCCAUCACUCACAGAGAUGACCACUCUAAAUAUCUCCACAGAACAUUCUCCAAAGCUGCAGAUCCGGAGUCACAGCUACUUGCGGGCGGUGAGUGAAGUUUCCAUCAAUAGGAGCCUGGACACCCUGGAUCCCAAAGCUCUGCUAGCCUCUCCCCAAUACCGCUCACGCAACGAGAGCUACAUGAGGGCUAUGAGCACCAUCAGCCAGGUGAGUGAGGUUGAGGUUAACGGGCAGAUCGAGGCAGUGUGUGAGAGUGUGUUCAGUGAAAUGGAGUCACAGGCGGUGGACGCCCUGGACCUGCCCAUGCCCGGGUGCUUCCGCAUGAGGAGUCAUAGUUACGUGCGCGCCAUCGACCAGGGCUGCUCGCAGGACGACGACGGGCCUUUGCUCCCUGCCUCCCCCCCGAGGACCACCACUACUGUCAGAACCAUCCAGAGCAGCACAGUAUCAUCAUGUAUCACCACCUACAAGAAGACUCCUCCACCUGUACCUCCUCGCACCUCCACCAAGCCCUUCAUCUCCAUCACGGCCCAGAGCAGCACAGAAUCCGCGCAGGACGCUUACAUGGACGCCGGGACGCGGGGGGAACCCGUCCUCCACUCUGGCCUGAGCAAUUCCACCGAGAGCAUCGAUAGCAUGAAAGCGCUGACGGCAGCCAUCGAGGCGGCCAACGCUCAGAUCCACGGCCCUGCCAGUCAACACGUCAGCAACAGCACCAUCACCAUCAGCACCACCCCUCCCUCUCCGCUGCCCAUGCCCAUACCUAUGACCAUGCCCAUGCCUAUGACCAUGCCCAUGCCCAUGCCCAUGCCCGUCCCUGUCCCCAUACCCAUCCCUGCCCUGGAAGACGUCCGCAGGGAUGUGCUCAGGAAGAGCAGGUGCCUUUCUAUCGGCAUCCAGGUGGAUGGGCCUGAGGACCAGGAGCUGGAGGACCAGUCCAAGUUUCAGUCAGUGGGGAUUCAGGUUGAAGAAGAGCACGGUCACCGGCGGUUCAAGCGUUCGAACAGCGUGACGACAGCGGUGCAGGCUGAUCUGGACACUCCGGACUACACACCAGCCGACUCUCCUGUCACAGAUUUCCCCUCCUCGGGCUGCUUGUCACGGCAGUACUCACGUGAUGCCGCCACCUCCACCGUCAGCAUCCAGGGCUCAGGGAAUCACUACCACGCCUGCACCUCAGAUGACUACGAGGAUGUCGGCUUCGAUCCCUCCAUCCUUCCUCCACCUGACCCUUGGAUCGAUAGCGUAACGGAAGAUCCCCUGGAAGUCGUGGGCCGCUCGGUGUGUCAGCGUGACGGCCGCUGGUUCCUGAAGCUGCUGCAGGCGGAGACUGAACGCAUGGAGGGCUGGUGCAGGCAGAUGGAGCACGACGAGAAGGAGAACAAGCUACCUGAUGACGUCCUGGGGAAGAUCCGCAGUGCGGUGGGAAGCGCACAGCUGCUCAUGUCCCAGAAGUUUCAGCAGUUCAGGGAACUGUGUGAGGAAAAUCUUAACCCAAACGCUCACCCACGGCCAGUGGCUCAAGAUCUCGCAGGUUUCUGGGACAUGCUUCAGCUUUCCAUCGAGAAUAUCAGCUUAAAGUUCGAUGAGCUUCACCAGCUCAAAGCCAACAACUGGAGACCCCUCGACCCCCCUGAGAGAAAGGUACAACAAACUUGCAGAAUCAGUACAGAGUCGUUGACAAAAGAAGAAUUAGAAUGCAGACAUGCUAGCUGCCUGAUUGCAGGACAACGUUGUGUUUUUUUUUUAUUAUUAUUAUUCAUGUGCAUGAUCUGUUGCUUCUGUAGUGUGAUAUUAUUCAUUCAAGGGUGGGCACUGGCAAUAACAAACCUCCAAAAUCAGCUGUUGCUGUUGCCUCCCUGUGGCUCAUGUCGGUCUGUUGGUCUAAUGUGACUGUGAAUGUUUCACUCACUCUUAAUUUGCUGACAUCCUCUUCAUGUUUGCUUUGUUUGUUUGUUUGUUUGUU